AUGCCCGAUAUCAAACUACGGAAUCAGCCGUUCGACCUCGUCUUCCACCCGAGCGAGCCGGUCGUUUACGGUUCGCUGCUGACCGGAGAGGUCAAGGCCUGGAAGUAUGACGACGUGACCGGCGAGACGACCAAGCUGUGGAGCGUGCGACCGACAAAGAAGACUGCGCGAGCGCUGGCAGUCGAGGAGGACGGAAAGGCGAUGUGGAUGGGAGGGAAGAGCGGCGUGUUAUGUGGGGAAAGGAACGUCGAGGUGGAAGGCAGCAUGGGUCUUAUAUCAAACGAGGAGGGCACCCGGUUCAACUGCAGCCCACGAUGCUCCCGACCUAUGGGCGGCACCCAUGCGUGGUCAUGCGUGCAGCAGAAGGGGCGGAAGGUGCAAGACGUGAGGAGUGACCGGAAGGGCAAGGAGGACAGACGGGCAGGAGGAAGGGGCAAGAGGGACGGCGACAGGCAGUGGGCUGUGGGCUGGGCUGCGGGCGUUGGGCGAGGUGCAGUGCAUCUGCGUCCUUUCGCUGUGCCGCGGUGUUGUGUGCGAAGCAUUGGAGUGUCCUGCGAUCCUGCAUUUGUGCAUGCCUUGAUUACCUGCGUCCUGCGUACCUGCGUGCGUCUGCGUCGAGGAACUAAGGGGAGGGGGGGGGAGCAGCGGCUCAGGCCCGCGCCGCAUCCUCACACCCCUCUGGGUCUUGGCUGGAUUCAAUCGGCCCUUUGGGAUCGUGUGCAUCGUGUGUGGCCUGGAAAGAGACCCAGUGACUGGCACGACCCCGUGGCCCGUGGCUUUGAUACAGACCCCGCUGAUCUUACUGGUUUCCUGGUGCUAACGUUCAGCCGAAUGGACGCCACCAUGGGCACAGUCCUGCGCGAGCAUGAACAGGCACACGACUCCCCCGUCAACCGAAUCAUCUGCGUCAACGAGUCCUUGACCGCCUCAGGCGACGACGAGGGUGUCAUCAAGUUUUGGGACCCGCGGUCACCGGAAUGCGUGCGCGAGUACAGGCAGCACUUUGACUACAUCUCUGGCUUUUCCUACUUUGACGACAAGCGACAGCUCGUGACGACGUCCGGCGAUGGUUUCCUGUCGGUGAUCGACAUCCGGUCAAAGAAGAAGGAGCCGCUGCACAUGUCGGACGACCAGGAGGACGAGCUGCUGUCGAUCUGCCAGAUCAAGGGCGGGCAGCGCUUCGUCGUCGGCAGCGGUCUUGGCACCGUCAGCGUGUGGGACCGCAAGAUGGGCUUUGGCGACAGCGUUGACCGCAUCGUCGGGCACCCGGCGAGUGUCGACGCCGUCGUCGCGCUCACUGACGACAUCAUCGCCACUGGCUCAGAGGACGGCAUGGUCCGCGUCAUCCAGAUCCAGCCUAACAGUUUCCGUAAGCUACGCCUUGCCUUCACAUCAGCUGACAUGCACGAUGCGCCCCGUCAGAAGAAGAACAAGAAGAACCCCAUGGGCGACUUUGGCCGUUCCGCGCGCAAUGACGACAACGCGGGCUUCUUCGAUGACCUCUAG